AAAUCAAAUGAUUAUCCAAAGAAGAGCUUAGAUACUUCAGCAACAUUCUUUUUAAAAAUAACUGUCUGCCAAAAUGUCAGAACACACUGUUCAUAAUAGAAAUAACAGCAAGAUCCUUGGUAUUCCUUCUUCCCAAAAGAGUUCUUCACUCAGUACCCUCACCUUUAAGAGCAGACUUAAGCUGCAUUUGGAGUCAAAUAUGUCAGAAUGUGAGAAUGAUGAUCCAUUAUUGAGAUCUACAAGUAAAAAUAAAGACAUAAAUAGCACUUAUGUUAUUUCUGCCCGUACCUCUACCCCUGAAGGUAAAUUGGCACUUCAGAGAAGAACUACAAGGAACAAAGAAUCAUCUUUGCUUGGUAGUGAGCUGGGAGACACAAUUGAAAAAACAGGUGAAAAAUGUCUUACAUUACAACGUCGUGCUAAAACAGAUUCUUCAGAAAAGUGGAAAACAACUAAAACAGAUUGUGUCCAAAAGUGGAAAACAGUGCAGGAUGUGGGAGGCAAAACAGAAAAUAAUUGUGCUUCCAAGGAAACUAGUGCAAAUGUAAAGGUUGUAAAUAAUGAUAAAAACUCUUUUGUUGCAUCUGCUGUACCAUUAACUAAAGAUCCACAAGACAUUGAAAUGAUGGCUGAUGAGAAAUACAAAGAAACUUUUUCUGCCCUCCGUGAGGCAAAUGAAAAUGUUGCUCUUAAGUAUUCAAGUACUAGAGCACCCAUUGGUUCCCAGAGCCCAAUCGAAGUUGUUAAAUCAGGUCACUUGGCUGCAAAACCUAUUCAGACCAAGCUGGAUAUGAAAGUGCUAGGAGCAGGAAAUGUACAUCAUAGAAGCAUUGGAAAGGACACUACAAAAAAUUCAAAUAAAUUUGGAAGCUUAGAAAAAAGAACACCUGUGAAAUGUAUAAUAGAACACAAAUCGAUAUCAAAGAUGAUGGGAUUUAGUGAAGAACCAGGAAUAAUUCCAAGAUUUUGUGAAGAUCUUUUUGCCCAAGUAGUGAAAAAACAAACCCAAGAGGUCAGGUAUCACCUUGAAAUGAGCUUCUUUGAAGUAUAUAAUGAAAAAAUUCAUGACCUUCUGGUUUGUAAAGGUGUAAAUGGGCAGAGAAAGCAACCGGUAAGAUUAAAACAAUCUGAACGCUGCUCCACAGCUCAUAGUAGUGGAGAUCGACUGAAGGAAGGUGUGAGUAUUAACAAGUCAUUGCUAACUUUGGGAAAAGUUAUAUCUGCACUCUCUGAACAAGCAAACCAAAAGAGGGUUUUUAUUCCUUAUCGUGAAUCUGUUCUAACAUGGCUGUUAAAAGAAAGUCUGGGUGGAAAUUCAAAAACUGCAAUGAUUGCUACAAUUAGUCCUGCCGCCAGCAACAUAGAAGAAACAUUGAGCACACUCAGAUACGCUAGCCAAGCCCGUUUGAUAGUCAAUGUCGCCAAAGUAAAUGAAGAUACGAGUGCUAAGUUAAUUAGAGAAUUGAAAGCAGAAAUCGAAAAGCUAAAAGCUGCUCAGCGAAAUAGUCGGAAUAUUGACCCUGAACGAUAUAGGCUCAGUCAGCAAGAAAUAACAUCUCUAAGAAUGAAGCUACAUCAGCAAGAGAGAGACAUGGCAGAAAUGCAGAGAGCUUGGAAAGAAAAGUUUGAACAAGCUGAAAAAAGAAAACUUCAAGAAACAAAGGAGUUACAGAAAGCAGGAAUUACAUUUCAAAUGGACAAUCAUUUGCCAAACCUCGUUAAUCUCAAUGAAGAUCCACAACUAUCAGAGAUGCUGCUAUAUAUGAUAAAAGAAGGAACUACUACAGUUGGGAAGUAUAAACCCAACUCAAGCCAUGAUAUUCAGUUGUCUGGGGUGCUGAUUGCUGAUGAUCAUUGCUCACUUAAAAAUUUUGGUGGGACAGUGAGUAUCACACCAGUUGGGGAAGCAAAGACAUAUGUAAAUGGAAAAUGUAUUAUGGAACCCACAGUAUUACAUCAUGGUGAUCGGGUAAUUCUUGGUGGAGACCAUUAUUUUAGAUUUAAUCAUCCAGUAGAAGUCCAGAAAGGGAAAAGACCAUCCAGUAGAGAUACUCUUAUAAGUGAAGGUCCAAAAGACUUUGAAUUUGCAAAAAAUGAGUUGCUCCUGGCGCAGAGAUCACAACUUGAAGCAGAAAUAAAAGAGGCACAGUUGAAAGCAAAGGAAGAAAUGAUGCAAGGAAUCCAAAUUGCGAAAGAAAUGGCUCAACAAGAGCUUUCUUCUCAAAAAGCUGCAUUUGAGAGCAAGAUAAAAGCACUGGAAGCAGAACUGAAAGAAGAGUCUCAAAGGAAGAAAAUACAGGAAAUAAAUAAUGAAAAGGCUAAUCACAAAAUUGAGGAAUUAGAAAAGGCAAAGCAGCAUCUUGAACAGGAAAUAUAUGUCAACAAAAAGCGAUUACAAAUGGAGACUUUGGCUACAAAGCAGGCUUUAGAAGACCAUCACAUCCGCCAUGCAAGAAUUCUAGAAGCUUUAGAAACUGAAAAACAAAAAAUUGCUAAAGAAGUAGAAAUUCUACAACAGAAUCGGAAUAUUAGGGAUAAAACGUUUACAAUUCAGACAAAUUGGAGCUCCAUGAAACUCUCAAUGAUGAUUCAGGAAGCCAAUGCUAUCAGCAGCAAAUUAAAAACAUAUUAUGUUUUUGGCAGACACGAUAUAUCAGAUAAAGGUAGUGCUGACACUUCUAUUCGGGUUCGUAACCUGAAACUGGGAAUCUCAACUUUCUGGAGUCUGGAAAAGUUUGAAUCUAAACUUGCAGCAAUGAAAGAACUUUAUGAGAGUAAUGGUAGUAACAGGAGUGAAGAUGUCAUUUGUGAUCCUGAAGAUGAAUGGGAACCUGACAUUACAAGUGCACCGGUUUCUUCAUUUUCUAGAAGGAGAAGCAAGAGUUUGAUGAAGAAUAGAAGAAUAUCUGGUUGUUUACAUGACAUACAGAUCCACCCAGUUCAGAAUUUGCAUUCUUCACACUGGCUAUUUUCUGUUGAUAUAGGCUUACUGGAGAAAUCAAGCAUCAUUUACUCAAAUUCAGCAGAAUCAUUUCUUCCUGGAAUUUGCAAAGAACUGAUUGGUUCAUCAUUAGAUUUUCUUGGACAGAGUUAUGAUGAAGAAAAAACUAUAGCAGAUAGCCUGAUGAAUAAUUUUCUUAAAAUUUAUAAUGGACUAUUUGCCAUUUCCAAAGCUCAUGAAGAACAAGAUGAAGAAAGCCAAGAUAACUUAUUUUCUUCUGAUCGAGCCACCCAGUUGCUUACUGUCCAGAUUGCAUCUGCUUUCGAGCAGCUUGUGGUGCUAAUCAAACAUUGGCUGAGUGACUUUCUACCUUGUACCAGCACAGCAAAACUUGAGGAUGAAUUGAGACAAGAAGUUAAAAAACUGGGAGGCUACUUACAGUUAUUUUUGCAGGGAUGCUGUUCGGAUAUUUCAUCAAUGGUAAAAGAAGCUCAAGAGAAAGUGAUCCAAAUUGUACAACAAGCCAUAAAGCAUGUGGGACAGUUAGCAGUUCUGAAAGAGAGCAAGCUACAUUUUCUGGAAAACAGUAACAAUAAAGCUGCCAGCAUCCAGGAAGAACUCAUGGGUGCUAUUUGUGAUGGUAUAGGCUUAGGAAUGAAGAUCCUAUUAGAUUCUGGGCUAGAAAAAACAAAAGAACUUCAGCAUGAACUCUUAAGUCAGUGUACACAAAAUGAGGUUACCAAACAGAUGAAAGCUAAUGCCAUGGGAUUGAUAAGAUCUCUUGAAAACAUCUUUGCUGAAUGGAAAAUAAAAAGUUGCAGAACUCAAAUGGAAGAAGAAAAUUCUGGAUACCAAGAUUUCAAGAAGAUGAUUAAUCUUGCUCCAGAAUUCUUCAAGUUAAAACAUUGCUUAGAGCAAACUAUUCAAAUUAUUAUGUCUUCACUGAGAGGAUACAACAAUGAUGUAAAUCUUCUCAAGAAUAGUGUUGAAAGUAUCUGCAACUUGGCCAGUGAUUUUCACGGUGACUUCAGUGUGCCCUGUACUCCCGUUGACAGCUGUGAGAACAAAGUACCUCCGAUUGGCCACAGGGAGCUGGAAUCAGUAGCUAAGUCACUCCUCUUAUAUUUUGAAUCUGAGGAAAGACCCAAUUUGUUGAAACCCUGGGAAACUUGUGAUCAGAAUCCCACAGAAAAAGAACAACAAUCAAAACCAAGCAGGACUGACUGCAGUAAGAAAAAAGGGGUACCAAAGCGUGUCUAUGAACUGCAUGGCUCAUCGGCAACAGUGACCUCAGAGGGAUACACACCCUGUAGGAUUCAGUGGGUGUGAAUAUCGAUGCAUAAAAGAACACUUGGUAGGCAGUGUUCCCUGUGCAGGAGAAUAUAACAAGAA